CAUAUCUAUUAGCAAAUGGAACAUUAACAUUAUUUUGAUGUUUGCUAAAAUAAAGUAGGUGAGUGAUACAGGGCCUCUGGGCCUCUUGUUAUACAGUGUAUGUGUGGAUGUGCUGUAGAGCAAUAAGAGAUAUAUUUCAUUAGAGCUCAGACAUUUCAAAUCUAGUAAAAUAGAUCAUUCAAACACAUAUUAACAUUAAAAUGUACAACCUUGUGAUUUUUUUUCAAUAUUAAAUACAUUUAUGUACAUGUAUAAUGAAAGGAAAAAGAAACGCAAUUACACAUUGGCGGGUUUACUACGGGAAAUUAAAAAAAAAAAUGUAGAAUGUAAUAAUGGUGUAAUUCAACAAUAAGGAACUACUCUGUUGUCUGUGACAUUUAAUCCAUAUACGUUUAGUAAACUUUAAGUUUCAGGGUGUCAGAGAUCGUGUAUCUACACCAUGACCUACAGUGGUUGUACUCACUCCUGUGUUUAAUCACGGUGUGGAUCCUGUCCCAUUCCUCGUCCAUCGUCAUGUUUUAGUAACACUAUUAAAUUAUAAUAAUACAUAUAUAUAUGGACUAUCGUUUUGGAAAUCGUGUCCAGCCCCUGUGAACUGAGCGACAUUGAUUGGAGGGUUCGGCCUACGUACGUCUUAUCCAUCUGUCCAACUCGUCCCAUAACUGUCUAUAGGAGAGGUCAGCUCAACCUUACAUAGAUUAAAUUUUCACAGGCGACAGAGUGGCUCAAUAUCUUUCAAUUACAUCCUUAUUACAUUCUAUAAUAUGUUUUCAUUUCCCGUAAACCGGACAUUCCCUAAUUGCGUUUCUUUUUCCUUUCAGUAUACACUUUAUAUAUAAUGUUAGAUAGUAUCAUCGAAGUUCGUGAGAAGUUGGCCAUUUCCGACAUCGGAAAAAUCACUCUGAAAGCCGUACUAAGUCACACAACUACACACCAUACUAGUGGAUAUACCUAUGACUAACGAACUACCUGAAAAUAUAUAUAUAUAUAUAUAAAAACUCUGACAAUAUUCACAAAAUAACAUCGAUAAAUCAACAUGAAAAACUGAUCUGAUUACCUAGUGAACUUCUAGAAUUAUGUUUAACUAUGCCACAGUAUACUAUUAUACAAUUCCGACAACAAUCUGUUUGUUCGAUAUGCGCAGCAUCAGAUAAAUCAUUACCUAUAUCUUAAUUUGUAUACUAAUUUUAUAUAAAAUUAUUUUACAUUUAUAGCAAUAGCACUGCUGAGUGUUGAAAAUCUACAGAUUAAAGAAUCCGUACCAUAAAAUCAACCAAAUCUUUUAUCUUAUCUGAAAAAAAAAAUCAUCAAUCACUGUAAAUAACCCUCUCACGCCUCUGUAAUUUCCCCCAACAGAAAGCCAAUGUUAUCGUCAUGACUGACGGAAUUGGUCAUCACACAUAAAUAAGAAGAGAAUAUUCAAUUAAUUGAACCUAUCUUCAAUUAAAUUGAACCUAUCUUCAAAUAAUUGAAGAUAGGUUCAAUUAAUUGAAUAUAUGUAAAUUUGGCGUUCCAUAAAUAAUAAGAACAGGUACAAAAUAUACUGUCAUCACGACCAAUACUCCCUCAUAUCCUUGAUUCAUUUGUAAGCUCACGGCACGUGGUUCCGACGCCAUUUCCAUUUGACGUACACAAUACUAGAUCUAGUGUUGCCUGAUAGGAAAUGUUACAUCAGAUGUAUAUAUAUAUUCGGGAUCUAAAAAAAUCGUAUAUUGAACAUAUUCUUGAAUUAUAUUUGAUUUGCAAUAUAUCGAUCUUUUUCUUGAACAAUACAAGCCUACACUAGAAAGCAUUAGUAUUUAAGCCCAUGUCAUAUUAAUAUGUGCGAUUUUCUCAUUGUCUUUAAGAUAACUUGUGAAAUCCACAAUGGUGAAAGUGACAGCAUAUCCUAAUUUGACGACGUUCAGUUAAAUUUCAUGGUAAAACUUCAACUAUUAGUUUAUCGAUAAUCUCUUAUUGAAUUAGAAUGCAUAACCAUGGUAAUAGAUACAUAAACUUUAUUCUGACAAAAGUGUGUUUUUAUGGAAACUAGUCUAUUCGCGAUCCGUACAAAAAAACGAGAUUUGUACCAUGACCAAAUUCAAUUUUUAGCGCGAAAGGUACUCCUCAUGUUUGGCGGCAGUUUUUUCUUAUUGUAUCACGUGGUCUUUUUAACCCAAUGAAGAGUGACACUAGAGUUCGUCGGGGUCAUUGGUUGAAGCAGACGAUGUCGAUUUCCAUUUGUUGAUCUCUGAUUAUGAAGUGUGUCAAUAUUUCCAACACGUGGACACAGGUCUUCUAACAGAACAGCUGAUGCAACAAGCAUGAUUGAAAUGAGAGCUGAUCAUGAUACAAAUAACUGUAAAUAUGGGUACAAUAUUCCCAUAAUCAACAUGAAGUCAAACACAAAAAUGCCAGGGAGACGGAAGCAAGCGGUGCCCCAGGCAACCCAGCCAGGAGUUCAGAUCAGAGACUGUUACGAUGAGGUUCAGAUCUAUCAGAUCAGACUUCCGUUUACUACAGCAAAUUGCAGCCACGCACCUCGUGUUGCUCCCCCUCAUGUCGAAGCCAUGGAAGGUCAAACUAAAAAGAGAAAAAGAGAACGAGGCCAUCUGAAAAGAUCAAAACAUCACAAACUUUCUUUAAAUAAUACUCCACGGUUUGAUACAGAUCUGAAUGAUAUGAGAGGUGUGGAAGAGGAGUAUAUGAAAAAAGAAGAGCGCAGGAAAAGUAUCAGGGAUAAAUUGGAAAGAGGGCAAGAAUAUCUGUUUACUAAGUUGGAGGAGCGAGACAUACAUGAGAGAGCAGAAUUUUACUCCAUGUCCGUAUCUCCAGAUGAAGACUACUAUAUUCCUCCAGAAGAACAAAAUCCAGACAGUAUUAUUUUGACCACCAAUGGGUGUAGUCGCCACAGUAGGACAUAUCAGUUACCAAAAAAGCGUAAGAGAAGGAACUACAUGUCUGAUAGUGUGUUCCUCACCUACCAUACGGAAAGUGACCCGUACGACAACAGUCAUAAACUACCUAUAGGAAGUAAACUGAUUCGCCCACCUGACAAGCUAGUGGAACUAGUGGGGCAGGCCAUAGAUGGAAGCCCUGAUGGUCUGCUGCAGGUCCCUCAGAUCUACACAGUGGUACAAAAUAGAUAUCCAUAUUUCCGCUACAUGGACCGAGCUGCACUUGGAAGCUGGAGGAGCUCAAUAAGACAUGCACUAUAUCAAAAGUGGUUUAGGAAGAUUCGGUUUGGGACUCAUGCCAUCAAUACUAAGGGUUGUUACUGGGCCAACAAUCACACGUAUGUACCCGUCAACAGAAAGGAGGAGACGAUCCUCAGACGACACAAACCUCACCGGGACAAUGAACAACCCAGCAAAACAGAAACGCCAGGGUCAAAAAAGCAUGAUUUUGAUGACUUUGACCUUGAUCCCGACACCCAUGACAAAGUGAUAGCUCUUCUGACAGAGGAGGAGGAAAAAGAAAUGGACAUACAAGGGGAAUAUGGUAGUCUUGAGGAUGUAGUGUGUAUCGCCAACGAGUAUGGUAUAUCCCUGGCAGAGUAUGGCCCACUGUUAGGCGUGGACAAAAUACCUACAACAGCUUCUACAGGUGAUGCAGUGCCGUCACCUGUACGUGACCCUGACCCCAUCCUAUCUACCUGUGGCCCUGACUGGCAGAUGGGAACUAAAGAUCGCAUGCUUGCUUCAUUUGACCCAUCAAAAACCAUCCAAUCACCAGCCAACCAACCUGUACCUGGUGUGUCAUGGAAUGAGCAACAGCAAGCUAUAAACAGUAUCAGCUGCCCACCGUCCAGUUCCCAGGUUUGUCCUUCACUGACCAGUCCUCUCCUUCCCAACACAAAGCCAGAGAUCCUAAGACUAGACAACAGAUUUGAUAACCCGGGUGGUCUGUUGUCAGACCCACAGAUGGGUAUUGGCCCCGCCUCCCAGUCCUCCGAGGGUUAUCAGUUUCCCCAGGAACCAUAUGACAUGGACCCACCAAUAUCAUUUGAUAUAGAACAACUUCCUGAAAUGUACAACUCUGAUAUGUUUAUGCCAGAAAAUUACUUUAAUGAAUUAAGUUGAUAUACACAAGUAAGACUUUUUAAGUGACUGAUGUUUGAUUACUAAAUACUCGGAUUUAUAAUUUUACAUUUUGUGUGACUGAUAGAAAACAAAUGGUGCGUUGUUAUUAUAGCAAUAUGUUAGGAAUAUUUUGAUGAUUUUGGCUGGUGUAAGGAAACUAUUUUAGCUGUGCAUGCAUCAAUGUAUAGAAAAUAUACAGACCCACAGAUGGAGGCCCUACCUCCGAGUCCCCUGAGGGUUAUCGGUUCUCCAAUGAACUGCAUGACAUGGUUACACCGAUAUCAUUUGAUAUAGAAAAGCUUUUCUAAAAUGUGUAUACCUGAUAUGUUUUAUGACAGAAAAUAACUUCAAUGAAUUAAGUUGAUAUACACAGGUAGGACUUUAAGAUUAUACACCAGUAUCAGAUUAAUAAACACCGAGAGGACUUUUAAAACUUUACAGGAGAAUGAUGAUAUGGCAUUGGCUGUCUGUCCGUCCAUAACCUUUUUGUUUGUAUAAUGUACAAAUGAUGUAUAGGUGAUGUACCAAGAAUGUAUAGAUGAUGUACAUAUGAUGUAUAGAUGAUGUACAUAUGAUGUAUAGAUGAUGUACAUAUGAUGUUCAGGUGAUGUACCAAUGAUACAUAGGUGAUGUACCAAUGAUAUACAGGUGAUGUACCAAUGAUGUAAAGGUGAUGUACCAAUGAUGUAAAGGUGAUGCAUAGGUGAUGUACAUAUGAUGUAUAGGUGAUGUACCAAUGAGGUAUAUGUGAUAGGUGGCAGAAACAACCAAAAACCUUGCUUCUUUCUAUCAGUUUAUUUCUCAGUUGACAGGAGCGUCGCCACAUAUAUAUAUUUCAGGAGAUAGGGAAAAAACCCCUGGAAAAUAAAAGCCAUUAUCUAGAAUGCUACCAAGUUAUAUGUAAUUACAUGAACAGACAUUCUGUACCAGCAUGACAAAUAGUCGCGUAAAAUUGUUAUUCAACAUUUGUCCGCGCAAUAUUAGGCAAUUACAGGAAUUACAUACCUUUAACUAUCGUGGUGACACGUAGUCAGGAUAAUGUCAGUCAAUCGUAACUGGUAUAUAUCUUGUAUUUCGACGUGGUCCCGUAGAACGUACUUGUCCGUCGAUAACAUGGCUAGUGCGCCGCUCCCCCCAAACACUCCACUUAAAUACACCCACAAACACGCCUUUUUUACACGUUCACACUCACUUGCAUGCGCUUCACACUUUGACAUACCUGGACACAACCGGACAAACAGGUUACAAAUAUAGACACAAUAUUACAUGACCACUGAACGCACAUGGACACUAUAAAUAGACACACAGGUAAACAGAGAACACUCUCUGUAACCAGUAACGCAUAUAAAUACACUUGACAAUACAAUAAGAUGACGAUUGACCCUACGACAUAUAGGUGAU